GGUUGCUGCAUAAUUGUGCUCCCUACGAAUAUUUUACUGCAAGAAAGAAUUCACAGGACAGCUCGGCGUCUUUAGCAAGUUUUCUUUGUGUCGGUAAUUUGGGCCUUGAGUGCAACAGGAGUCAUGGUUCUGGAAGAGAAUGAGAGUGAUUCUGUCUUUGAGCCUCACAUCACUGAGGAGCAUGUUGACACUCAGUAUGGGAAGGUCCACUGCGUCAUGACGGGGAUGCCGAGAGCAAAUCGUCCAGUCAUUUUGACGUAUCAUGACGUUGGACUGAAUCACAAGUCAUGUUUUGAGACUCUGUUUACACAUGAGGACAUGCAAGAAAUCGUCAGACAUUUUGCUGUUUGUCAUGUUGAAGCGCCAGGGCAACACGAAGCGGCCCAAACCUUCCCUACAUCGUAUUCCUACCCGACCAUAGACCAACUGUCCGAAGCGCUGCUCGCUGUGCUCAAACGCUACGGGUUGCACAGUGUGAUUGGACUGGGAGUUGGAGCAGGUGCCUGCAUUUUGGCCAAUUUUGCCCUGAAUCACCCCGAUCUGGUGGAUGGAUUGGUUCUGAUCAACAUCAACCCUAAUGCUGAAGGAUUAAUAGAUGCUGUCACAAACAAGAUUACUGAAUGGACCCACACUCUCCCUGACACAAUUAUCACACACUUAUUCGGAAAGGAAGAGAUCCAGUCCAACCAUGACCUCAUAGCUACAUACCGCCACAACAUCAGCACAACCAUGAACCAGUACAACGUGGGCCAGUUCUUCCGUGCUUACAACAGCCGCAGUGCUCUUGAGGUGGAGAGGCCUGUUCCUGGAGGAAAUGUCAAUGUCCGGACUCUCAGAUGCUCCACAUUGCUGGUUGUAGGCGACAGCUCUCCAUUUGUGGAGGUUGUGGUUGACUGCAACUCCAAACUGAACCCAACAAAGACAACGCUGCUUAAGAUGGCGGACUGUGGAGGACUUCCUCAAGUGGUUCAGCCAGCCAAAGUGAUUGAAGCCCUCAAAUAUUUCAUCCAAGGCCUUGGAUAUUUAUCCAGUGCCAGUAUGACCAGACUUCGGUCACGGACAACAUCUAGCUCCAGUGUCUCAUCCCUGGAGAACUCUAGGAGCCGGGCACAUGAGAAGCGAGGACGCUCCCAUACUGAUGUCUCCAUGGAGAGCAUCUCUAACAGGAACAUGGACCGGAUCAUUUCAAAAUCCACACAUGAAGUAGCAUGCUAGAGCACAUGAUGCACGGAUCCACCCAGCUUGCUCUUUCAUCUGGUUUUUGCUGAUCUCUGCAACUACUUAGGGUCAAAGCCAAAGAUAAAUGUGACUAACGUGCUUUUUUUAGCCUCCUUUUCAUAUUUGCCACAAUCAGUUUCUCCUGUCAUCCUGGAUGUAGCUGAAAAUUUGGUUUUCCAAUUAGGGACAUUCUCAUCUUCUUACCACUGCCACUACGGUAAUUGUGCAAACAUACGAUGUAAUAUGAAUAAGAAUAUCCAUGCAUUUUGAUUUAAUAAUUAUUUCUUGUAAUUAUUUUAUUUAUUAAUGAUGAAAAGAGAUCAAAUCAGUUCCUAUGACUACGUGUUUUACAGUAUGUGCUAUGUCAAGCACAUACUGUUAUGUAUGUAACAGUGACAUACAGUAAUGUGACUUUUUAGCAGAUACGAUUCAGAGAAAUAUCAAAUCAGAUCAGAUCAAAUAGUAUAUACAGCUUUUCUUCAUACUAGAUAAAAUUAUGUGAUUUUUAUUUUAUUUUUCAUUUUAUUACUUCAGAUUAAGAAAGCUAUGAGUCUACAAUACAAUUGCUUCUAUUGGUUGAAAUUGGUGGUGAGCGGAGUGCAGUGACUCCUGGUGUAAAUUGUUGUUUUAAACCUUGUGAACAUAAAAUUAUCAAGUAAUCUACUGUACUGAAGAGAAUAAAAUGUUAUCCUCAAAUAAA